GGCUGGGGAGGUUGGGAGAGCGGCGGAGAAGCGAGUGAGGAGGGCGAGCGCAAAGCCGGGAGGAGGGGCGCGCGUGGAGGGGGUGCCGGGCGCCGCGAGGGCCUGUUCCGGGCACCUGCAAACGCGCGGCGCUCUUAAGGAGAGCCCGGCUCUCGCCCGCCAGCCUCUGUCCACGACGCGCCCAGGGCGCGGAGAGGGGGUGGGGACGGAUUGGAAUUCUGCCAUCGCCCUCACCGGCUGGGCCCCGGAGCCGCUCCCAGGAUAACUCCACGUUGGGGAGGGCGCCCGCCGAGCCUCCCGGGCCUGUGCAGACGGCGCGCGCGGCGGGAGGUCGCGGACCAGCGUCCCCAGCCCGACCCCGGGCGGAAGGCGAGCGGAGCGCGGCGGCGCGGGCGGCGGACUGCGGACGGCGCCCACCGGGGCUGCCCCUGAUGGGGCCUGGCAAUGAGUGAGCAGGCCCAGCCCCAGUGGACAAGGAAGAGAAGCCAUAUCCAGGAGGGCAAGAAGUGACACCCGGUGUAGAAUGACUGCCCUGGGAGGGUGGUUCCUUGGGCCCUGGCAGGGUUGCUGACCCUUACCCUGCAAAACACGAAGAGCAGGACUCCAGACUCUUCUCGUGAAUGGUCCCCUGCCCUGCAGCUCCACCAUGAGGCUCCUCGUGGCCCCUCUCUUGCUAGCUUGGGUGGCUGGUGCCACUGCCGCUGUGCCUGUGGUACCCUGGCGUGUGCCCUGCCCCCCUCAGUGUGCCUGCCAGAUCCGGCCCUGGUAUACGCCCCGCUCGUCCUACCGCGAGGCUACCACUGUGGACUGCAAUGACCUAUUCCUGACGGCGGUCCCCCCGGCGCUCCCCGCAGGCACACAGACUCUGCUCCUGCAGAGCAACAGCAUUGUCCGUGUGGACCAGAGUGAGCUGGGCUACCUGGCCAAUCUCACAGAGCUGGACCUCUCCCAGAACAGCUUUUCAGAUGCCCGAGACUGUGAUUUCCAUGCCCUGCCCCAGCUGCUGAGCCUGCACCUAGAGGAGAACCAGCUGACCCGGCUGGAGGACCACAGCUUUGCAGGGCUGGCCAGCCUACAGGAACUCUAUCUCAACCACAACCAGCUCUACCGCAUUGCCCCCAGGGCCUUUUCCGGCCUCAGCAACUUGCUGAGGCUGCACCUCAACUCCAACCUGCUGAGGGCCAUUGACAGCCGCUGGUUCGAAAUGCUGCCCAACUUGGAGAUACUCAUGAUUGGCGGCAACAAGGUAGACGCCAUCCUGGACAUGAACUUCCGGCCCCUGGCCAACCUGCGUAGCCUGGUGCUAGCAGGCAUGAACCUGCGGGAGAUCUCCGACUAUGCCCUGGAGGGGCUGCAAAGACUGGAGAGCCUCUCCUUCUAUGACAACCAGCUGACCCGGGUGCCCAGGCGGGCACUGGAACAGGUGCCCGGGCUCAAGUUCCUAGACCUCAACAAGAACCCGCUCCAGCGAGUAGGGCCGGGGGACUUUGCCAACAUGCUGCACCUCAAGGAGCUUGGGCUGAACAACAUGGAGGAGCUGGUCUCCAUCGACAAGUUCGCCCUGGUGAACCUCCCCGAGCUGACCAAGCUGGACAUCACCAAUAACCCACGGCUGUCCUUCAUCCACCCCCGCGCCUUCCACCACCUGCCCCAGAUGGAAACCCUCAUGCUCAACAACAACGCUCUCAGUGCCUUGCACCAGCAGACGGUGGAGUCCCUGCCCAACCUGCAGGAGGUAGGUCUCCACGGCAACCCCAUCCGCUGUGACUGUGUCAUCCGCUGGGCCAAUGCCACGGGCACCCGUGUCCGCUUCAUCGAGCCGCAAUCCACCCUAUGCGCGGAGCCUCCGGACCUCCAGCGCCGCCCAGUCCGUGAGGUGCCCUUCCGGGAGAUGACAGACCACUGUUUGCCCCUCAUCUCCCCCCGAAGCUUCCCCCCAAGCCUCCAAGUAGCCAGUGGAGAGAGCAUGGUGCUGCAUUGCCGGGCACUGGCCGAACCCGAACCCGAGAUCUACUGGGUCACUCCAGCCGGGUUUCGACUGACACCUGCCCAUGCAGGCAGGAGGUACCGGGUGUACCCCGAGGGGACCCUGGAGCUGCGGAGGGUGACAGCAGAAGAGGCAGGGCUGUACACCUGUGUGGCCCAGAACCUGGUGGGGGCUGACACUAAGACGGUUAGUGUGGUUGUGGGCCGUGCUCUCCUCCAGCCAGGCAGGGACGAAGGACGGGGGCUGGAGCUCCGGGUGCAGGAGACCCACCCCUAUCACAUCCUGCUAUCUUGGGUCACCCCACCCAACACAGUGUCCACCAACCUCACCUGGUCCAGCGCCUCCUCCCUCCGGGGUCAGGGGGCCACAGCCCUGGCCCGCCUGCCUCGGGGAACCCACAGCUACAACAUUACCCGCCUCCUUCAGGCCACGGAGUACUGGGCCUGCCUGCAAGUGGCCUUUGCUGAUGCCCACACCCAGUUGGCUUGUGUGUGGGCCAGGACCAAAGAGGCCACUUCUUGCCACAGAGCCUUAGGGGACCAUCCUGGGCUCAUUGCCAUCCUGGCUCUCGCUGUCCUCCUCCUGGCAGCUGGGCUAGCGGCCCACCUUGGCACAGGCCAACCCAGGAAGGGGGUGGGUGGGAGGCGGCCUCUCCCUCUAGCCUGGGCUUUCUGGGGCUGGAGUGCCCCUUCUGUCCGGGUUGUGUCUGCUCCCCUCGUCCUGCCCUGGAAUCCAGGGAGGAAGCUGCCCAGCUCCUCAGAAGGGGAGACACUGUCACCACCAUUGUCUCAAAAUUCUUGAAGCUCAGCCUGUUCUCAGCAGUAGAGAAACCACUAGGACUACUUUUUACCAAAAGAGAAGCAGUCUGGGCCAGAUGCCCUGCCAGAAAAGGGACACUGGACCCACGUGCUUGAGGCCUGGCAGCUGGGCCAAGACAGAUGGGGCUUUAUGGCCCUGGGGGUGCUUCUGCCGCCUCCAAAAAGUUGCCCUUACCUCCUAGGGGCACCUCUGCUGCCAUUCUGAGGAACAUCUCCAAGGAACAGGAGGGACUCUGGCUAGAGCCUCCUGCCUCCCCAUCUUCUCCCUGCCCAGAGGCUCCUGGGCCUGGCUUGGCUGUCCCCUGCCUGUGUCCCCGGGCUGCACCCCUUCCUCUUCUCUUUCUCUGUACAGUCUCAGUUGCUUGCUCUUGUGCCUCCUGGGCAAGGGCUAAAGGAGGCCUCUCCAUCUCACCUCGGGGAGGCUGCCCUCAAUGUGGGAGUGACCCCAGCCAGAUCCGAAGGACAUUUGGGAGAGGGAUGCCCAGGAACGCCUCAUCUCAGCAGCCCGGGCUCGGCAUUCCGAAGCUGACUUUCUAUAGGCAAUUUUGUACCUUUGUGGAGAAAUGUGUCACCUCCCCCAACCCGAUUCACUCUUUUCUCCUGUUUUGUAAAAAAUAAAAGUAAAUAAUAACAAUAAUAUGGGGAAAGGAAUGAAAGGAAAAU